GAUACAUCCCAAAUUCAUUCUGAUUUUACCAUAUAAUAUAUUUAUUUUUAUAUAAUUUUUACUUCUCUGUAUAUUUUAUUACUGGGCGUUUAAUUCUUGAAUUUUAUAUUUUAUUAAAUAUGAAGACAAGCAAAACCGUUUCAAGUAGUAGAAGGAAGAGCCGCAAGGCCCACUUUACUGCCCACUCAAGUAAAAGAAGGAUAAUUAUGAGCGCAGUUUUGUCCCGUGAACUUAGACAAAAGUAUAACGUCAGAUCAAUACCCAUCAGGAAGGACGAUGAAGUCAUGGUGGUAAGAGGCCAAUAUCACGACAGAGAGGGAAAGGUCACCCAAGUUUAUCGUAAGAAGUGGAAGAUUUACAUUGAACGUAUAACCAGAGACAAAAACAAUCGUGAGAGUGUCCAAGUUGGAAUCCACCCUAGCAACGUCGUUAUUACAAAGCUAAGGCUUGACAAGCACCGUCGUAAGAUACUUGAAAGAAAAGGGAAAUCAUCGACAAAAGGAAAAUACACCGAACACGACGUUAAAGUAUAAAUGUACUUCUGAACAACAAA